AUGGACGCAUUUAGUGAUUCAGGAGAGUUGUAUACUAUUAGGAACCAGUUUUAUACUAAUCAGCACAAUAAGGUCAAGGCGUAUUCUCUUGAUGAGUUUUCGCCGGAGAAUCAAUUAAAGGUGUUGGAGUUUCAGAUCAGGUCGACGAUUGCGUUGGAGCAGGACGCUUCGAAGAUGAUUGAAGACGGGAAAACCAAGUUUCCUGAGAAUGAGCCGUUGUUUCAGUUGUUGAGUGCAUGGAAUGACUUGAAGGAUUUUGGGGUUGAUGAUUCGACGUAUUUUGAGGAUGUUAAGCAGGCUAGUUUUGAGUUGCAAGCGGUGUUGACGGCAUUGUAUUUGGUGAAAUUUGACAAGGAUAUUGAUCAGGCCAUUUUGUUUUUGAAUAACUAUAUUGACAAUGUGAACUCAUUGGCCAAGUAUAAUGAAUUGGAACCGUUUUUGGUGUUGGUGCAAUUGUACUUGGUCAAGGGCAAUCUCAGUGGUGCAGCCAAGGUUUUGGAAAGUUUGAACCACUUUCCCGAGUCUGCUCGUGAUAAUAUUAUUUACCAGGUAUUGGAGUCGUGGAUCUUGUCGGUGACUGGCGGGUCUGACAAUAUCAAUAACAGCUACUAUUUUUAUGACGAAAUUUUGUCGAGCGAUUUUGAUCAGGACAUUCAGGGCAAGUUUAAGAUUUUGAAUGUGUUGUUUGCGUUGACGUUACAGUUGAAGCAUUUCCCUGAAGCGCAAGAGUUGGUGGCUCAGAUCAAGAGUUUGGGGGUUGUUGAUGCCAAUUUCAUUGCCAACCAGAUUACUUUUGACCAGUUGCAGAAUGAUGGCGCCCACGCUGAAGAGUUGAUGACUGAGUUGAAACGAUUAGACGCUUCGCAUGAGUUGUUGAAAGAGCAAGAUCUCAAAACAAGUAUAUUUGACGACAUUGUUACAAAAUAUUCUAUUUAG